UAGGAGAGACUAACGGACCAAUGAAAAGAAAGAUGUUGCAUUAUACCCCGGAUGGAUGGCUCCCCGGACACCUCUGAUCUUCUUCACAGACCUCGAUGAGCUCACUCAUUGGAGAGCCGUUCCAAGUAUCGAGCUACCCUGUUCUAACGAAGACAAGGCACGAAAAAGUACACAAUCCUACAUAUGCGUCAUACAGCCGUGAUUUCCUUGGACAUGCAACAGUGACCGUCCAGGCAGAAGGCAUACAUAUCAUUGAUCUAUCUGAACUUCAUACAGUGGCCUCGCACACCUGUGGAUCUAAUGUCACAUUCUCUGGACCUGCGAGCAGCCGGUGUACACCAGAGGAUGAUGGGCGCAUAUGCACAACCUAUGCACUCGUCUCUUCCGCACCAGAGGUUGCUGUGAAGAACAGGGACCGGACGGUAUGGAUUAUGAAGCAGAAAAUCUUAGGUGGUACCUUAGGCAAAAGUGACAAACGCGAAAUUCUACCUCACGAAGUCGCGCAUAUCUACUCAGACGAUAAAAGUUCAAAGAUUUUACUCGUAUCUUCCACUGGUGAUAUCAGCGUCGCAGAUAAUGAGCUGAACAUCCAGUCCACUCUCAUAUGUCCGCAUCAACAAAAUUUCCUGGACGUGUUUUUCUUCCCUGGCACGUCAUGUACUUUUCUGCCGCCUCGUGAAACCCCCCCAGACACCGUAAUAGUGCUUCUGCUCGAGCUCUGACUCCACGCUGCUUCUAUCCACUGUAUCUGUCACUGGCAAGGAUAUAACCAUCAUUGGCAAAAACCAGGUUUCGAUCUCCCAUGGAGUCUCAGGGCGGAAAAUACAACACCACGUCAUCGCCCUUUCAUGUAGUCCCUGUGGGG